AACUUUUGCAACUGCUCCGACAAUGGCGACAGCUGUGUUAAUGAUGUUCAGGAGGAAGACGUACUCGACUCAUAUGAAGAGGACAGUUCAGACAGUAAAAUGUAUAUACAUGAGUGAACCACAUGAACAAUCACUAACAGUUUUUAUAACUGAUAACCAUGCUAAGAUAUUUUUUGGGGAGGUUAAAGUAGAUUUUGACAUGCUUCUAAAACUCCUGUGAAAAGUGAUUCAAAUGGCAGGGAAAGUUUAUCUGAUCCAUUGGUUUUGCUAAAUUGUCCUACUGUUCUGAAGAAAAAACUAGAUGACAGACUUGCUCAAAUAAACGAGUGCAAAUUACAGAAUCUGUUUUUAUUUUGAUCAAACUGGUUACCUGCCCUAUAUUUGUCGCAUUAAUGUCUCUAAAGCAAUUCAUAAAACGUAAUUAUUUUCUAAAACUUUUUCAUUGUGGUAAAAUAACAAAGGCAACAUUUAUUAUGUUGUGCUUUUGUAUCAGCCUCGUUUUCAUGCUAGCGUGGUAAUGUGAUAACCCUUACAAAAUAAUCACAUUUGAUUGCACAGAUGAUAUUCACCUGCAUGACUUUUGUUAAUGUCUGCCUUCAUCAGGUGAAGUUUAAGGGCUACCAGUGCAACUUUUGAGUGAGCCUCGUUUUCGUGCUAACUUGGUCACGUGACCCCAAUAACCUCUUAAAAUCGUAUGUUCAUAUUAGAAACAUUGACUUGCACAAAUGUGUUGUUUUUGAUAAAGUUUUACGGAAAUAAUGGAAAGCUAUGGACAAUUUUAUGUUUGAGCCUCGUUUCCAUGCUGGGAUAUACACAUGACAUUUUCCACCCCAUAUAAAUCCCGUCUGAGCAAGUUACAAAGUUGCCACCAAAACUUUUCAUGUUAUUUAGGGUCCCCUUAACACAUUUAGACUAGUGGCUUGCUUUCUUCACGAAAUUCCCACGGCAUUACACAUGCUCCCGGACUAAAACACACUUCCAGAUCAUAUUUGGACUCCAAACUUGGCACGGUAAGUCACUUUUACAUACAUUUUCGAAAUAUGUAAUAAAAAACAAAUUCCCAAAUUUGAUCGUAGUAGCACUUUAAAAACAUAGCUAAAACAUGCUUAACUGCAUCGAUGUUAAUUCAUCUUCGAUAGUGUACCUUUGUAGUUUGUCCAGCUCCGCAAUUAUUCUCCAAAUAGCAGAUGUCGCCCUCCGAGUUGUCUUCUUGCUGUUUUUGCCAUGUUUUUAGCUAUUAUUUCGCCUAGUUCCAGCUGUAGUUCUUACUCUUGAAACGAGUGAAAUGUCCGCCAUUUUUUUUUUCACAACCAAAACAACUCAACCUCGUCCCCAGGUCUUCUCGGUAACGGUGCCUUAACCUGUAGCGGGCUGCAUUUUUGACGUCAUUUCCUCGUUAAACACAAAAUUCUUCCAAAUUCGGUCAUCAGUAACUGGUUAUGGUGAAUUAUGCGUGUGCUUUUAGCCAAUCAGAAUUGAGGAAAUAUUUUGAAUGAAUAAUAAUUGUUUAUUAUUAUUAUUAUUAUUGAGGAUGUUUUAUGAUGAUGAUUAUUUAUAUAAGGGCCACUCAUAAGACGGCCACCACAAUAACACAGAUUACAAUGUACUAUUUUUCUCCGACAUCUAGGCAUAACUUGAUUGACACAAUGACAUAAUUAGAGGUCAUUAUGAAGUCAUGUUGUUGAAUUUAUUGGUAAAAUCCAAUUCCCUAAUUUUUCCCUCAAAGCGAAAAACACUCAAAUAGUAAGGUGUCUGACAAAAUCAAGAAGUUGGCAAACACAUCAAUUAUCUCAAAAAAAUGACGUCAUUCAUUGUUAAAGAAGGAUCUGGAAACUUUUCGUGGCCUACUCACAGAUUUCAAGUUUACAAUCAACUGUGCUCUGUGCAGAGUUAAUACUAGUUUUCGUGACCCAUAGGCUGGCUUUUCAGAUUCUGCCGCGUAUUUACUUCUCCUGUGGCGGGGUAGCGGGAAAUGUCAGCGCUAAAAAUACUCAUAAGAAUGUUUGGGCCUUCAAAUGCUGUCGUGUUUGAAUUACGGCGAAUAAUCUUAAAUAAAAAAUUGGCAAAUGCAUUGUUCGUAUUGUGUUAUAUAGGUCUUAGAUGGUUUAUCAUCAUGGACAUAAUUAUUUUGGCGAAACAAGUACAGUCUAACCUCUCCUUACCUCUCCUUGCCUAUUAAGUGCCCAUGAACUGUGUGUAAAUUUAGCGUCCGUAAUAGUCACAAAGCCAUUUUAUGUGACAUAUGUCAGAACUGGACACAUUUAAAGUGCACUCCUUUUACAUGUGAGGAAUACAGUGCUUUGUCUAAUACUAACGAAGAUUAGUUCUGCUCAUUUUGUCUUGCCACUCUAUUUCCAUUUAACCAUUUUGAAAAUGAUACUGAUUUCUUCUUUGCACUGUUCGACUUUAAUUUUGAAGGACAUUUUGAUCCUGAACUUCUUAAGCAAAAAGUGUUUAAUCCCUUUUUUGAUGACCCUGAGACAUCUCAUCUGCUAAUGAACUCUAACCUUGAUUCUAACCCCAAUUUUUUUACCGCCAAUUCAGAAUUACUUUCGAACUGCAUAUAUCUAACCUCUUCAGAAUUUAACAAAAUUCCUUUUCCUCCUCAUGCAUUUUCUGCUUUCCAUAUUAAUUUCCGUAGCCUCCCUAAACACUUUGCCUACCUGUCGGAAUAUCUUCUUUCACGACUUAAUAUGUUGUUCUCUGUUGUUGCCGUUUCUGAAACCUGGUUACAUAAGUCUAAUUCUGAUCUCUUUAAUAUUCCUGGCUACCAUUUUAUCUCCAAUUCAAGAGAACAUAAAUUAGAGUGACGGGAAAUUUAAUGAGCAUGUAAGAACCAAGCUUGUCAAAGCAAACAAGUGUUUACAUGUCCUACGAACACUAAGAAAGGAACACUACUCUCAGGCAGAGAUAGAUCACCUUUUUAUGUCUAUUGUUUUGCCUAAUUUUAGCUAUGCGCUUUCAGUCUAUGGGGCAUCGGAGUCCGAUCUUGCGGUUAUACAAAAGGUUUUAGACCGAUGCCAUAAACGCCGUUUUAUUUCAUUUCCAGUUUUUAUCAAGAACCGUUUAAAUAAACAAGACCGAAACAUUUUAAAGAAUAGAAGAAUAAUAUUUAACAAUUAUUCCACGAGGGCGCGUUGGAUAUGAGAUGAUAGAUAGCCAACGAGGCGCAUAGCGCCGAGUUGGCUAUAAUCAUUUCAUAUCCAACAAGCCCGAGUGGAAUAAUUGUUUUAUUAAAAACGCCCACAAAAUCUCGUUGAAUCGCCCCGACUAGAACAAACCGGAAAAGACAAGGGACUUCCGCUAUUGACAUGUCACACGUCUAUCAAAACUGUCAACGCGCGAACGGGCUCGCCUAGACUGCAUGAAUGAAAAAUCAAAACAUUGUGCGAUGAACAUUAGUUUUUUGAAAACUCAUCGUGAUUCUAGGAUUUUACACAGCAGAACAGCUUAAAAAACCUGGCAGAUAAUGUGAAGGAAAGGAAUUUUUAAGUGACAGCCGUCGAAAUUACUAUGAAUUUGGAUUUUCGGUGCAGUUAUAAAAGUAAGAACAACGGAGAAAAACUACUGGUAUUACCUCGUCGCUUGGUAUGAAGUUGUUUGAAGCCACAAGCUGGUUUUGCUGAACGAGAAAAGAAGCUAUACUGCCGCCUCGAUUGCUCUAGUGAAUGGCUGCAUAGCCUGUAUUUGUAGCUGGUUACUUGUGAUUUAUAUUCUUGAUGUUGGAUAAACAAGCUGCAGUUAUCUAUCGGCGAGUGACUCGAUCGGCGAAUGGCUUCGCGAUCAUGAAGAAACAACACUUGUCUUCUUUCGUAGCUGGUCAAGGUACUUUAGUUUCAUUUGUUUUUCGACAAACUUUCAAACAAGCUCUUGUGGCUUUUUUGUUUGUUUUUGUCUUUUUUCUUUCGUUGAAAUUGCAUUUCUAGUAUUCUAAGAAAUGAAUUAAAACGAUUUGCUUCGGGCGCCGUUCUAUCCUUCGCGAAAAAAAAAUCUCAGCUAGCUUCCAAUUUUAAACUGACGCGUACACCGACCAUAUAUGGAGAACAUGGUAUAUUAGCUCAUAUACCAUAACGGCUAAACCAAUCAAAAUGCUAGAAUUGCAUUAUCCAAUGAUUCAGUUUUUAAUAACAACGGAUUGCCACCCACUGAAAGAUAUUAUUCCUGUCUAGAAGACUUUUGUAUAUAAUCUUAGGAAAAAAGGCUGCGCACGUCCGAAAACUAGUACAGAGCGUUUUAUGAACACCUUUGUAAAUAGGUUGAUUUUUAAGCUCCAUUUAUUGUAAUGACAUACUUUUUAAAAUAUAUUAUAUUGUAGAUAUUUUUAUCAUAGUUUUUUAUCUUCCGUAUUAUUGUAACAUAAGAUAUGUAGUUUUAUCUUUUGAUGAAAUAAAGACUCAUUAUUAUUACCAUCAAUAUGGCUUCAGACCACAUCAUUCUACAACUAUGGCUAUCCUCGAAUUUGUAAACAAUAUAUAUGAAGGCUUUGAAAGUAAUGAAUACACUAUUGGAAUUUUGUUAGACCUCAAGAAGGCAUUUGAUACUGUAAAUCAUCAGAUACUUAUUGACAAAUUAAACUUUUAUGGUAUCCGUGGUAUUCCUCUAGCUUGGCUCACCAGCUGUUUAGACAACCGACAACAGUAUGUUAUGGUCAAUGGUCAUGUUUCUUCUAACAACACUGUUGUGUGUGGGGUCCCUCAAGGUUUUGUUCUUGACCCUUUAUUAUUCCUCUUAUACAUUAAUGAUCUUUUUCUUUCUUCAAAUUUUCUUUCAUUUAUUCUCUUUGCUGAUGACACCAAUAUUUCUUUUCGUCAUAAAGACUUAGUAGACUUGGCUACUUUCGCUAGAAUGGUUAAUCAAGAGCUUUCUCAUGUCUCCUCCUGGUUUAACGCAAACAAGCUUACUGUUAAUCCUGAUAAAUUUAAAUUCAUCAUCUUCCAUCCACGACGUAAACAGAUCAAUCCUUCAUAACAUCCCUAUAGCGCGGGUUCAGGAACAUAAAUUUCUUGGAAUAAUUAUUAACGAAAAUCUUUGAUGGAAACCGCACAUCACUUCCAUCUGCGAUAAAGUCGCUAAGGUUAUAGGAAUUUUGUCUAAAUCGAGACAAUACUUUCCUUCGGUCACUCUAAAAACCUUAUAUAAUUCCCUCUUUCUACCUUAUAUCAACUAUUGUAACCUCAUCUGGGCAUCUACAUAUGCCUCCUACCUUGAACCCCUCUAUCUACUCCAAAAGAAAGCCAUUCGAAUUAUCACGUUUUCUCCUCCACGAACUCGUUCUAAGCCCCUUUUCUCGAAGCUUAAGAGCGACUUUCUGUAAAUACCACGGAUAGGUGUGCAAGACGGAAAAAUCGAAAUCCCCCAAACUUUGUCACAACAAAGCCCUUUGGAAACUAUUUUAGAAAAUACAAAACUCAGUUCGUUUGACUUAAUAUUUUCCAAAAUAAUAAUUUUUUUUAAUUUUCACCUUCGAGAGGCCUUCAAACCACCGAAAAAUGUGCUUGAUACCCUCGCUUCGUGAAUGGAAACGGAAACUAAUACCAUAACUUUUUUUACAUCAAACAAUGUUAUGAUCCUUCCUUUCUACCUAAACGUUGUUACAAUUUCAAAAGAUUUCAAUCUGAUUUUUUAAUAUUUUUUCAAAAUUACCCUCUAAAUCAGCAUUAUCGCGACCAUCAAUUUUGCCAUUUUUCAACGGCGAAAAUCCCUUCCUGGUACAUGGCUUUCAUUAGAAAAAUGGUAUUCCAGAGAAAGAGCAAUGUUUCCCCUAUCAAUCUGUGAAAUAAAAUUCUGGGGCAAUUGAAACUGCGAGUUUUUACAACUGAAAACAUUUACGGUACUCGCGUGAUUUACGACCUCUGAACUUGCAGUUGUCGUGAUGAAUACAAGCGAGAACCUAGACAGCACUUGAAACCCUGACGCAAAUUAGCCCCUUUUCCGCCAGUUUAAACACCAAAAACGAUUUUAGAUUUCACAGUGGUAAAUUUUCAAAAGGAAAAGCAAUUUUAUUGUGCGAAAGUGUGCUAUGAACUUCUUGACUACAAACACUUCCCUUACGUGCGUAUUUGUUUACUUUUGCCGUACACAUAUGUACAAAAUGGCUAAUAGUGUCGGUAGCUAUUCUUUCAAAUGCUCUCAUUUCUCAUGAACCAAAUCGUUAUAGCUAUAAAAAAAGGAAAACAUUUUGACCUACCUCACAUUAUUUGACAACAGACCCGAAUCCUUUACUGCCUUUAGCGAUACGAGCUUGCGUGACAAAGAACUUUGAGACCCAGGUUAUACCGCGCAGACAGAUACCAUUCCGAAAAAGAGGGCGCUUUCCAUUUACGAAAAAAACCCGGAAAUUUCGGUGGUAGCAAAAGUGGAAUUUCCGAUUGGUAAAAAGUUGUUCCAUUUGGUCGUAAACCCCGGUACGUGGCCGGGUGCCCGACCGUGGACCUGGAACUGGUACAAACUACAAGAAACGUCAAUGGAACACGACAUUCCGUUCGGAAAUUCCAACCGGGAAAACGGGACCACCUUUUUAGAUUUUCCACUUUUUCUGGGAAUUUUCCAAUGGGACGAACCGACGAAACGUGUUCCAUUUACCGCCGAACCGGAAAUUCCGGAAAUUUUGACUAAAUGGAAAGCGCCCAGAAACUCACGCGGCACCUUCUGUAGCUAUAAAAGCGAAACAUGUAAAAAAUCAAAAUCCUUAGUUUCGUUGACUUAUCUGCCAGAGCGACCCUGCAAACGUAACACUAAAAAAAUAUUUUUUCGUCAAAAGACUAUAUAGGGGUUGGCCCUUAUACAGUGGAACCGCGAUAUAAAGAACCUACGAAUGAUUUUCUUUACCUCGAUAAUAGUAAAAUAUGCCGUAAAACCUAUAUUAAAGCCCCCUGUCAAAUAACCUCCUCCCUCUGAUUAGCCUCCCCCCCCCCUUCUAUCAAGCACCCGCUUCCCACCCGUAAUUAUUCUUCACUAAUAAAUGAAAGACUGUAUGAAUCAAUCACGACCGUAAAGGCUUCGUGUGGACUGAUCCGGGAUGGUUUAUUUACCAACGGGAAGUUCGGAUUUGAUAAUGAUUUUCGACUGCAUGACCUAAAACUUCCUGUACUUGAGCUUUUCCACUUUGUAGCCUUUAUGGAGAAGCGAUACCAUCUUAGUUUCUAAAUUAAACAUAUUAAUCCCCCCGUCUCUAUUAAGCCCCUCCCCCUCAAAUGAGCUUGAAAUAAUAAGCCCCCCGGGGGAGCUUAAUAGAGGAUUUAUGGUAUGAAAAAAAAAACCUCGAUAUAACGAAACCUCGUUAUAGCGAGCAAAUUUCAGGGGCACUCAACGACUCAUUUCUGCAAAAUAUAUCAUGGGAGAAGUAGAUAUUGCCUAGAAUUUUCUAUAGCUUGAGGACGCCUAAAAAUUUCUAGACGACCGUUCCGUUCCUGUUCAAUUUUCGAAGGUUAUCUUAUAAAUUCCCUACGAUUUUCUGAAGUUUAAUUUUUCAAAUUUUACAUCCCAGGUUAGGCUAAUUUUUCAUAGAAAAGAGGAAGCCUAAAAUGGUCGGAUUCAAACAUGUGAUUGAGAGAGGAAUCAGAAAAAUUCUCACUUUCGUGAUACGUUAAAUUGCAUCUCAAAUUUUUGGGAAAAUAAUACUGAAGCCCUUGUAAUUUCAAAAAUGCUCAAUGCAAGUUUCCCUAGGAUGACCGAACAAGCCGCUUAGAAUGCAUUUCUAGAGAUCUAAAAGUACUCUGGGUGCACCAUUGAAAAAUGUUUUCAAUGAAUUUAGAAGGAAACCGUCGUUGGGUGGCUCAGAAAUUUUUUUAGGCCCUUGGCCCUUCGUUAAAUCGAGGUUCCACCGUAGUCUUUUGUUUUCAUCACGCUCGUUUUAAAAUACGAUUAUGAAUUCCUUACUUGUAUUCUUAGGAAAAAGCGCUAAGUCGUAGUCUAAAAUGUCAUCCGUCCUUCCCUCCACCCCUAAGGGGCCACAGCAGGUUUCGGGGUGGGGCGAAGGCACGCAUAACAUUUCAGACUAGACAUGGCGGGGCUAAAAAACCUGCAUAACCUUAUAGCACCUCUUGUGUUUAAAUUUUCUGUAGUUCUGGCAAACUCGAACAAGUUUUGCAUUUCUGAGGAACGUUUUGCCAAAAUAUAGGUUAUGGCACAUGUCAAGCCAGAAAAAGUGAGCAGUUUGAUAGAAAAUGUCAAGUACGACUGAACAACGCCCGUAAAAGCGCCCCUAAUGACUCGGGCGGGAGGGGAGGCUGGGUGGGGAGGGAAACUCUGAAAUUGAGCAAAGAGGACCUAGCUCUAAGCACACCGCCUUCUAUUUAGUUGUCCGUUUCCCUUGGCAAUAAAUUUUACCCACAGUGUCGAGCAACUCUUUAAAGGAGAUUGCAAGCCCUUAUAUUUGGGCCCGUCAGGAACGCUCAGCGGUGAAACCAAAGAUCGCGCCCUCAAAAAACUUAUUUUAACUUACUGAAAGCUGUUUUUUCUUGACCUAUUUAACUUAUCGUUAGGAAAGAAGAAAAGUAAUCUCAUAAUUAGCGUAUGUAUAAAACUAUCAAGAAAUCUCAAAAUUCUGGGUUUUCUAAGAGAACAAAUACUUUCGAAAAAUUUAGGAGAAAGUCCGUAGACUGGAAAUAACUCGCUAUCAAUUAUCCCGAAGAUAUCCGAAUAUCUCACAUUUCAAGCCCACGUUAAUUCGCUUCAUUUUUGAGGGGAGCCAACAUUAGCCGCGCCACUGUUAUUUUUUUUGCGCCUGGGUAUCUCACGUUAUGCUUACGCGUAUCCGCAAGUGUGUCUUACAUCCUACGCUUACGUAAAGGUUAUAUACCUGGAACGAUGGGGUAUGUGAUAUAUUCACCUGGUACCGCCCCGAGGGCUACGUGUGUAAGACUGUUCCUUUUCAGAUUUUCAAUAGCAAUGCAAAAAACAAUAGCUUUCAGUUAGCGCGAACGGCCUUUCCUUCUCUUUUAUUUUCGUUUCUUUUUUUUCUCAAAAAACGCAGCUUUUUUUUCAAGGUGUGAGGGGCGCGAUCAUUGGUUUCACCGCUCCAGCGUUCCAAACGGACGCAACUAUACGGCUUGCAAUCUUCUUUAAAGAGUUGCUCAAAAAUAUGAGCGAAAUUUAUCUCCAAGGCAGACUCACAGCUAAAGCGCAGACGGUAUGUUUAGACCUAGGUCCCCUUCGCUCCAUUUCAAAAUUCCCCCCCUCCCCCUGCCAGAAUCAUUAGGGGCGCUUAUACGGGCGCGGUUCAGUCGUACUUGACAUUUUCUAUCAAACUGCUCACUUUUUUCUGGCUUGACAUAUGCCUAUAUUUUUCCCAAACGUUGCUCAGAAAUGCAAAACUUGCUCGAGGUUGCCAGAACUACUGAAAGCUUUGCUUUUAACACCAGAGGUGCUCUAAAAUUAUGCAGGUUUUCUAGCCCCGCUAUGUCCAGUUUGAAAUGUUCUGCGUUUCUUCGCCCCACCCCGAAACGGGCUGCCGCACCUUAGGGGGUGGAGGGAAGGGACGGAUGGCAUUUAAGACUAGGAAUUAGCACUUUUUUCCCCCUAAAUGUCAUUUUUCUAAGGAUACAAGUAAGGAAUUCAUAAUCGUAUUUCAAAAUGUGUAAGCAGGCGUUUAUGGAAAGUAAGAGAAUAUAAGGGCCAACCACUUCAUAGUCUGUUGUGGAAAAUAUGUUUUUUCAGUCUUACGUUUUCAUAAUCGCUCUAGCGGAUAAGUCAGUGAAACUAAGGAUUUUGAUUAUUUACAUGUUUUGCUUUUAUAGUUACAGAAGGCACCGCGUGAGUGUCUUUUUCGGAAUGGUAUCUGUCUUCAACCUGGGUCUCAAAGUCCUUUGUCACGCAAUCUCAUUUCGUUAAAGGCAGUAAAGGAUUCGGUUCUGUUGUCAAAUAACGUGAGGUAGGUCAAAACGUUUUCCUUUUUUAUAGCUAUAACGAUUUGGUUCAUGAGAAAUGAGAGCAUUUUAAAGAAUAGCUACCGACACUAAAGCCGUUUUGUAGAUAUAUGAUAACUGUUACAGAUACGGCAAAAGUAAACAAAUACGCACGUAAGGGAUGUGUUGUAGUCAAGAAGUUCAUAGCACACUUUCGCACAAUAAAAUUGCUUUUCCUUUUGAAAAUUUACCACUGUGAAAUCUAAAAUCGUUUUUGGUGUUUAAACGGGCGGAAAAGGGGCUAAUUUGCGCCAGAGUUUCAAGUGCUGUCUAAGUUGCCCCCUGGUAUUCAUCACGACAACUGCAAGUUCAGAGGUCGUAAAUCACGCGAGUACCGUAAAUGUUUUCCGUUGUAAAAACUCGCAGUUUCAAUUGCCCCAGAAUUUUAUUUCACAGAUUGAUAGGGGAAACAUUGCUCUUUCUCUGGAAUACCAUUUUUCUAAUGAAAGCCAUGUACCAGGAAGGGAUUUUCGCCGUUGAAAAAUGGCAAAAUUGAUGGUCGCGAUAAUGCUGAUUUAGAGGGUAAUUUUGAAAAAAUAUUAAAAACUCAGACUGAAAUCUUUUGAAAUUGUAACAACGUUUAGGUAGAAAGGAAGGAUCAUAACAUUGUUUAAUGUAAAAAAAGUUAUGGUAUUAGUUUCCGUUUCCAUUCACGAAGCGAGGGUAUCAAGCACAUUUUUCGGUGGUUUGAAGGCCUCUCGAAGGUGAAAAUUAAAACAAAUUAUUAUUUUGGAAAAUAUUAAGUCAAACGAACUGAGUUUUGUAUUUUCUAAAAUAGUUUCCAAAGGGCUUUGUUAGGACAAAGUUUGGGGGAUUUCGAUUUUUCCAUCUUGCACACCUAUCCGUGGUAUUUACAGAAAGUCGCUCUUAAUAUUCUUUCUCUACAUUCACUUUAUAAAUUUCAUGUUUCUUGUUUUGUAUUCUCACAGUUUAAUCGCCUUUUACCUGCCUCUCUUUCCUCGCUCCUCCACUUUAAUCGUAAUUUUCAUGAUUAUCUAACUCGUUCUCGUUUCAACUUGCAUAAAAUGUCCCUCAGGUAUCAAUUUGCGAUUAGUUCUCAAGCCCCGACUAUUUGGAACGAUAUCCCCUUGACUGCCCGUGACAGCCUUACCACUACUUGCUUUAAAAAGAAACUAAAACUUCACUUUUUAAGCCUGAAUUGAACUAGCGCAGGAUUCUUAUAGUUUAUUGUUAGUUUAUUUUUCACUAGUUCCGUCUCUGUUAUGGGACUGCAUCCAUGUAAACUUAUUUAAUUUCAGUUUUGUAUCUUGUUUUAGUUUUGUAGUUUAGCUUACAGUCUUCAUUUCUAUAUUAAGUAAUUUCUGUUAUUCUGACCACAGGCCGUAUAACUCCCCGGCUUUGGCUUUACUGAGUUUGUACUAUAUGAGCGAUGGAAUAAUAAAGUCAAGUUAAGUUAAAAAGUUACGGUCACCUCUCUAUUAUGGCCAGUUCGUUUGGUCUCAGAAAUGCAAAAAAACAUACAUUUCCUACCUCUAUAAUACGGAAGCCUCUGUAAAGCGGACAAAAUUAAUGGUUCUGUCCCUUUGGUGUCCGUAUUAAAGAGGUUUUGACUGUAGCAUACUUCAAAGGUCUAGGCAGAGAAAUCUCAAUUUUUUGCUAGACAGAAAGAACUUGUAGCAACGAGAGGCGAAAAAUGCCUAGUUGUUACAACUUACAUAGAGGUUGGAACUUGAGCAUAAACGUUCGAGACUGAGAUCUUUUGUUUGUAUCAUUGAACUUAAGAUUUGCAUUUCGUAAUUUCAUAAUGGCCCCAUAAUGGCUCUUGAUCUUAGCUGGGCCACACUUUGCGAUGCCGCAUUUUCCGAUUAUUAUGAAUCUAUUUUGUUUCAUGUCGUUUCUAGUGCAUUCGAAAUUUCCACAAAAUAAGCAGCCAUUGUGGCACAAUAAUAUGCAGUAGUGCGAUAAUAACAGUAAUAAUAACGAUGAUGAUGAUAAUGAUGAUGAUGAUGAUGAUAAUGAUUGUAGCACCGUGUUGUGCUCGAUGUUUGUGUAGGGCAAUUUCCAAGUAAAAGCCUCCGCGGGGUCUUAUAUUCAGAGGGGUGAUUUAACGGAGGGUUUUUUGCGUUACGGGCUUGGGGGGCUUAUAUUUGGAGGGGCUCAUACAUGGAGGGGCUCAUUUUCAGAAUUUUACGGUAUUUCAUUACAAAGUGCGACAGCUUUUUUAUUACAAAGUGCGAGAAGUGUUAAUACAAACCGACAAUUUUACUACAAAGUGCGACGAUUAUUACAAAGUGCGACAGAACACUCCAUGAAUGGGUUAUUAACUUACUUGUCUCGUACCUGUAUUCUUCAUAUAUUGCACGGCCAUCUUCAGUGCAGAAAAAUAGUAAUUCCUCACCAGGCCUCUUACAGAUUUUCAUAGCCUUAGUCUUCUUAACAUUGAUCUUCAAUAUUACCCUGCUUUAGUUGGGUCCCUUCUGUAAAAAAUUAGAUGCCCAUUUUUUUUUGAUGACUUUAAGAGGCCAGAGAACAGGUCAUCACUGGGACGAAACUUAUAGCAAAGAGUCAUUUCUUCCCGAUAAGCCAACUUCAUGGUUAAAAUUUUACAAAGCCCUAUCAAGGCUUAAACUAGUAUUCCCCGCGAAACUUACGUUUUUAUUCAACAAAGUAACAUUUCAUUUAAAUUUUCAGAAUGAUAUUUUUCAAAAAACCGUGAGAUUUGGGGUCUUGUCGUGAGGCCGUGAGAAAAUUUAAAAAAUCUUGACACUCACGGCAGAAUCAUGAGAGUUGGCAGGUCUGUGUGUCCGCGCGGCCAUGUAAUAUCCUCUAUUUCGCUAUCGAUUUUACUCAAUUGAACUACUUUUGGAACACGUAAAAAAGGAACUACAAUUGCCAAGUGAUCGGCCAAAAUAAGAACAUAGAAAGUAAGUGGGCGGGAAUUUCACUCUUUGGACCUACGAAAAGUUUAAGUGAAUGACGAUGUUUAUAAUGUUAAAAGAUUUUAUGGUAAUUGCAUUACAACUCUGAAAGAUGUUUUUAAAUUUGAAUUUCGCAGAGUUUUUCUUUUUUGCUAAAAACAACGCUGGGACAGAUUAUUCACCCCAUUGCACAAAUCCUCAGAAUAGAAUUCAAAGGGCCUUUGAAACCUUAAGCUGUGGUGACUUUGCAACCCCGAAGCCUGCGGGAUCGUUCGCGGGAGGAAAGUUUUGGAAGAGGAGCUGCAAAGAAGUGCGGAGAAUGGGGAGGAGAGGCUUUAAGAGCGAAUGCACAGAAAAAUCGAGCAAAAUCGGCAAAUCGUGGCCACAGCUCAAAACCUAACUUACCCUCAUUUUCAGUCUGUAAUAAGGUUUUAAUGAGUUUUUAACACUGCUGAGGUUUAAAUUUCAAAAUGCGACCGAGUUUGGGAAUUAUUUGAGAUUUUCGAUUUCAACGGUCAGCGGGCCUAAAAUUAGCCGCCGAACUCGGGAAAAUAGCCCAGUGACAGAAUUGAGCUGAUUUUUAAAAACGAGCGAAUAUAUUGGCAAUCUUCCACUUAAAUCUCAAAAAGCAGAUAUCUAACAAUUUCUGAACGGCACAUUUUUUAGAUUUAGAGAAUAGAAUAUCGACGAACCAGCAGAAUUUUGAAACGUAAUUUGCACAAUGCUUAUAAAUACAACAAUUUACCGCUAAAACCAAAAUCGAAUUUUCUAUAUGGGGGAAUUCUCCAAAUCACCCCAAAUCCCGCUUACUACCUAAUGAGAUAUGGUACUUCAACAUUAUCUGAAAGUUAGUCUGGUGUUCUUGCGAACGCUUGUAAAAUAGACUGAUUAUUUUGAGGUUAUUUCGCCCCAAACAACCGCUAAUUGACCCCAGGGUCAACUGACACGUGCACGUCAACUUAGUUUUAUGCGUCGAUUUGAGCUCGUUAAAAGGGAGAAACUAACAAGAUUCUUUUAAUAUGUACCUGUUUUAAUGAAAUACACGCAAUCUUCAAAAGGAGAGGCCGUUCAAUGGGUAAUUUCUGUUCUUGAGAUCUUGUAGAUUGCAGCAUGGCGUCUGCGAGUGGACCUGAGUCUAGGUCUGUUUUCCCGUGGCUGCGAAAUCAGAAUAACAUCAAGAAAUAAUUCUCCCUCGAAUCUUCGUAAGUGAAUCAGCUUUGCAGUGCCUUACCUGAGAUAAAAAGUGGGCCGAAAAGCAAACAUUUCUAGCGCAAUUUGGAUCCUUUGUGGAACGCAGUGUAUUGCAGAGCGAAAGGUGAGUAAACGUGGGAAAGUACGUUGCCUUUGAUUGCGUGACCAGCCAGUAAACGAUAGUCUCCAGCGAAAAAUAGGAUUCGCAAAAAUCUUGCUGAUGGAUAUUUAACAGUUUGUUACUAUAAAUUUACACCUGGUUUGUCUAAAACUUUAAACAAUGCAUAUCUGUCCAAGAGUAUAACAAUGUUUCGAAAGAUCCACACCCUAAAUAACUGUGGGCUACUCCAUUUUUUCCCCAUCACCGAUGUGCACUUCCUUCCCACUGUCUUUUGCAUGAGGCUUGUAUGCCUUUUUAACUGUUAUCGACACUUAAAACUGGCCGUUUAAGGCCUGGUUUAAGAACUUGACUGACUUAAAAAACCGUCGCGAACAUGCGCUAUUAUUGUUGGACUUUGGAAGCUUUAAGCCCAAAAUGAUGGUACAAUCUCGAGAAAUUUGCCCGGGUCUAAUUAUAAGACAGGGAACGGGUACUAAGAAAGGGACGGUCUCAUUUAGCAACCCGUGGGCAAUCUGGGCAUGCUUGCCUUCUGUCGCAGGGGCAACCGUUAAGGCCAGGUACGCCGCCCCCACCCGAGAGGAUUGCAUGGCAUCCACCAUUUUAGUCGCUUUUUCUACAUCAUGACCUUCAAUUAUCAUGAAUUAUAAUGCGGGCCUUGAUCGUUGCCACCUUACCAGAAGUCUAAUCUUCGCACUGUUAGACCAUGAGAAUCUCUGUUAUUAUUCCAUAAAUGCACCAUUGACUUUUCCUUGCUCAGCUUCCGGUAAACCGAUACUCCCAAGCAAAAAUAGCUUUACAACGACUCUAUCCAGGCCAGAACUCCUGAUAUCAACAAAUAUACCCCCCUAAAGAGAGCAAACGUUCCCCGAACUAUUCACUUGACCCACCCCAUCCCUUCGUUAAGAAACACUACGCACUCAGUUCACUGGACAAAACGCGCUCGUGAAUAUACCAAACUAUAGCCGUUCAUCCUACAAGCAAUCUUAGUUUCAGCAGGCGUGGCCACGUUUCCAGUUGCUGUAAGAUUAAUUCGACACCUGCAACAGACACUGUAAAUUAAAUAGCAGCCACAACGCCCUUUUUUGAAACAGUCAGGACGAGAAAGUUUAUAAAAGACUUAACAGGUGUGCGCGGCGGUUUCCUAUUCUUCCUUCCCUCCCAUUGUAGCACUCAAAUUCUGACCCUGAUAUUAAUUCUAGUAGUAAUUAAUCGUUCCAGAACCUAUAGGCACAAGGAUACUAGUUUCUUGCAAAAUAUGCCUUCGGCCGCUGAUUAGGUUUGGUUCUGUGCUUUGAAAUAACUUUAGGAACGAAACAUGAUACGUGAGGGGAGUGUCCGGCUAAGGGCAAGUGACUCUCGGUGGUGAAGACAUAUACUGAGCUUGUCAGUAUUUCGUAGCCUGUACCACGUCGCGAAAAUAGAACAAGCCAAAGAAAAAUAAGACGCCUUUCUUUCCCCAGCCCCCGCAGGUUUUUCGCAUUACUGUUUACUGCACAACUGAUUCUACCUUUUCGAGCCGGAGCGAACAUGGACGCCCUUGGGGUUAAGUUCCACUUCAUUUUCGGCACCUGACUAAACGCAAGCGCUGACUUGUGCGCCUAUGCUUCGUUUGCACUGAAGUAGCAGUAUAUGACCACGACAGACUUGCUGCUAUCCUUGGUUUGAAACCGCAAUGGGCAAGAACAAUUUCUUGAAAACAGUAAACUAUUUAAUUUUCCUCCUUAGUAGACAUGGAGAACAUUUACUAGGACUUAAGCAAUGCCAUUGCUUAAGUCCUACUAGACUUGAAAAGAGAAAGCAUGAUGCUUUCUCUUUUUAAUGAUUUACGGCUAAACAGUACAAUUUCAUGUAGCUUUUACGCAAAAUUAAAUACUUAGUUGUUUGCAGAAUUGCAUUUAACAACAAAUUACAGAAAUUUAACUAAGUUUAGAUCUCAUAGAUAAGAAUUGAACGGAAAAAACUUUUGGGGUAAAAAAGUCAAAAAAUAAUGUUUGCUGGAAAAUCACUUAAUGGACGCACAAUAGCAGAGAUAUCAUGCCUGUAAUUUUCUGUUCAAUGCACCUUAUGACAAGUCUGACUAAUCCACUGGUAACCCAUGCCUUAAAACCGCCUUGAAUCUUAAAAUUUAAUCCAUUUGCCUUUCAUGCGUAGUGGUUGGGGGUAAAAUCAGAAGAACAGAACAUUCAGUUAGUAUGUUUGCUAAUCAUCUUAGUUAACCGCCUUUAAAAUAGGAACAAAGGACACCUGGUCAUACAGGAAAAUGAAUUUACUGUAUCCCGAAAGCUUUGGUUUCCCGUGCACUUAUUUUUCGCAGGAGACAAUCGAUAAUUGCCUGGUCACGCAAUCGGAGGUUAGUAACUAAUUUUAAAAAAAGUCAUUGAUACCAUCGCCGCUUCGCAAAUACACUACGUGCUGCAAAGGAUCCAAAUUGCGCUUAUAGAAUGUUUUCCUAUUCGGCCCACUUUUUAUCUCAGAUAAGGCACUGCAAAGCUGAUUCAUUUACGAAGGUUCGAGCGAGAAUUAUUUCAUGAUGUUAUUCUGAUUUCGCAGCCACGGGAAAACAGACCUAGACUCAGGUCCACUCGCAGACGCCAUGGUACAAUCUACAAGAUCUCAAGAACAGAAAUUACCCAUUUAACGGCCUCUCCUUUUGAAGAUUGCGUGUAUUUCAUUAAAACAGGUACAUAUUAAAAGAAUCUUGUUAGUUUCUCCCUUUUAACGAGCUCAAAUCGACGCAUAAAACUAAGUUGACGUGCACGUGUCAGUUGACCCUGCGGUCAAUUAGCGGUUGUUUGGGGCGAAAUAACCUCAAAAUAAUCAGUCUAUUUUACAAGCGUUCGCAAGAACACCAGACUAACUUUCAGAUAAUGUUGAAGUACCAUAUCUCAUUAGGUAGUAAGCGGGAUUUGGGGUGAUUUGGAGAAUUCCCCCAUAUAGAAAAUUCGAUUUUGGUUUUAGCGGUAAAUUGUUGUAUAUAUAAGCAUUAUGCAAAUUACGUUUCAAAAUUGUGCUCGUUCGUCGAUAUUUUAUUCUCUAAAUCUAAAAAAAUGUGCUGUUUAGAAAUUGUUAAUAUCUGUUUUUUGAGAUUUAAGUGGAAGAUUGCCAAUAUAUUCGCUCGUUUAUGAAAGUCAGCUCAUUUCUGUCGCUAGGCUAUAUUGCCGUGUUCGGCGGCUAAUUUUAGGCCCGCAGACCGUUGAAAUCGAAAACCUCAAAUAAUUCCCAAAUUCGGCCGCAUUUUGAAAUUUAAACCUCAGCAGUGUUCUAAAUUCAUUAAAACCUUAUUACAGACUUAAAAUGAGGGUAGGUUAGGUUUUGAGCUGUGGCCACGGUUUGCUCGAUUUUUCUGUGCAUUCGCUCUUAAAUUCAAAACUCUCACAAGCACGAAAGCAAUUCCGCCAUCGACGCAGGCUCUGACUUUGGGGUGCUUUGCUAAGCGAUUUUAUUCAAAUUUAAUUGGGAGAGCAAGGGUGGCGCAGUGGUGAGAGCACCCGCCUCCUACCAAUUUAGCCCGGGUUCGAAUUCUGGCGUCGACGCCAUAUGUGGGUUGAAUUUGUUGUUGGUUCUCUCCUUUGCUCUGAGAGGUUUUUCUGUAUUCCGGUUUUCCCCACUCCUUAAAAACCAACACUUCCAAAUUCCAAUUCGAUCUGGAACGCACAGACACGUUUCAACGAGUUCCUAAGAACUCCUACGUAUUCCGUGGGAAAACAAAUUACAAUAAUUACAAUAAUUUAUAAUAAUAAUAAUUAAAUUUAAACUGUUGAAAGUGAAAAGUUUCAGAAGAUGAUUUAGGUCCAUCACUUGACUUUAUUAUUACAUAAGAUGUUAACAUUCUUGUGUGCCUAGUCUUGCUGAGAUGAGUCUGAAUUCGCCUUUUCCUUUUUCCCAGAAUUAUUUAGUAAUUUUAAGUGUCUUACCGUGGAUGCAUUGGUUUUUAGCCUGUGUGCAGACGUAUCGUAUUUCCUUUAUUGCACGCAGGCUUAUUUGUAUUAGUAAAAUCCAACUAUUGGUCUAUCAUCAAUGCUGCGUUCUGAUUGGUUGAACUACAACUAGACUAUAUGUUAUAGCCCACCAGUAGCGAAAAGCGCCGGCGCUUGAAAACCAAAACAAUGGCGGCUGAAUCGCGUUUUGCUAGCUAAAGUUGUUUUGUCUCGAUAUUUUUGACCAGCUAUUGGGGUUUUGCUAAUUACAAUUAUUCCUCUCGCUCUCAUGGCCUUUGAGUCAAUACCCCAUUCGGCCUUCGGCCUCAUGGGCUAUUGAGUCAGAGCCCGUUCGGGCUCGAGGAAUAAUUGUUAAUUAAUGCAUACCAGAGCGGGGUACACGUUAGCCUACGUAUCAGGCCUUCCUCAGGGACUUUGGGGAGAGGAAAUCUUAGGUGGGGGAGGGGGUAAAGAGGAAAGAGGUUUCUAUCCCUUUGCUCUAUCUCCUUUUCGCUUUUCUCUUCUCCUCUCCCCCAGAAACGCUUCAUACUCAGGCUAGGUACACAUUAUUAUCAUCCAAAGUUUAACGAGGGUUAGUCAGUGUGUGUCGAAGUAAAGAAAGUAAAUGUACCGUUGCCUAGCCGCCUAACUGUUGCCUGAAUUCAAACCUGCCCCCCACUUAAUUGCGAAUAUAAAGAGGUUACUGAAUAAAUCGCUUCAUUAGCACUGAGUUUUCAUUUGGAAGGUCACAUAUUUGAGUUACUUCCAGUGGCGGUAGUUACAUUAAAUUGCCAUCUUUAUAUUAUAGUUGGUCUUUAUCUAUUUGCUUUCUUACUUCUUUUGAUUUCAAACGCCAUGAAAAUAAUCGUUAAAGUUUCAUUGUUUCUUUGUGUUUGCCUUGGUCACCAAAAAGUGCAAAUUUGACUGUUAUUCUUUAUCAUUUACGUCUAAAGGUGUGAGACCAUCGCCCUUGGCAACUUCCCUCCCUAAAAUGGUUCCUCAUUUUACUGGGCGUCGAAGCGAAUGUGAUGAGAUUAUGGGUCACUUGACUUCUGAUACUACCCAGCUUGUGACGAUCUGGGGUUCACCAGGAUUUGGAAAAACAUCUGUUGCAAUUGCGGUGGGACACGAUCUCCGAAACAAGGGAAUGCCGGUGUGUUGGUUGUCCUUACGUGGUCUGAGGUCAAAAGCAGCUCUAACUUCAAAGAUUCUCGGCUGUAUCAGGCGAUCUGUCAUAAAUGAACAGCCCUCGUUUUUGCGUCUUUCUCUUGAUGAUCAGCUUUGUCAGUUAUUAAGCGAAAUUUCGGAACCAUCUUUUUUCAUUCUCGAUAAUGCUGACGAUUUGUUGGAAAGUGGUGACCCAGAAGUAAAGGAAGAUGUUUUACAAGUCGUUGAAGAAAUUCUCAGGCGCAAUGAAAAGUUGACAAUCGUUGUAACAACGAGGGAAUCUUUGGAGUUUAUGAACGUACAUUUUCAAGGCCACAAGAGUGUAAGGAUAAGAACACUGGAAGAAGCCCACGCUCAGACCUUAGUUCAGGAAUUACUUUCAAACGUCAGUUCUUUGGAUUGUCGGCAAAUCACGCAAAUCUGUGGCUUUGUACCCUUAGCAAUUAAAUUAUUGUGCUGCUCGAUUUCUGAAUAUAAAGCUCAACCGAGCCAAUUUCUCGAUGAAUUCAUGCAGCACUCCGCUUCGGCGAGCAUCAUUGAGAUGUUAGACAACGAAGAUCAUCCUCCCAAUCACAGAUUGCAAUUUCUUGUUUCCUCGUCUUUCCAAAGACUGAAUGCACAGGAACGAGAAGCACUAGUAUCGUUGAGUAUUCUUCCUGACAAUUUCGGUAGUGAGGUUGCUUCAGCCGUUUUGGGUAAAAACACUUUUAAGACCAAGAAAAUAUUGCAAGGCUUUCGGAGAAAGUCACUUCUUGAUUCAGGUUUGCAGGAAGAGUCCUUCACGAUGCACAAGCUGAUUCAAACAUUUGCAAGAGAAAAGGGACUAAAUGAAAUGAAAGACACGGUCCUUAAAUCAAAGCAUCAUUUGAAUUCGUUUUACGUGUCACUGUUUGAGAAACUAAAUAGGAAAUAUCUCACUGGUCAUUCAAUGGAGGCCUUUCUGGCAUUCUAUAAAGAUGAGCAAAGCAUUGUUCAAAGCCUAUUGGAGUCUCUUUCUGAUCCCAUUACAGCACGCGCAGUUUUUGAGGUGUUAGCAAAAGGAGAGUUAUUUCUGGAUAACCUUUAUUUCUUAGAAGCAUCAACCUUUGACCAAAUUUACGAUUCAGCAAUUCAGGCUGCGAAGAGGCUGGAGGCAAACGAGUCUUACAGUCAACUUCUCGUUUCAAAGGCGUUCGCAGAAGCAUGUUGGGGACCGAAGGGAAGUACGAAGCAGUUGCUUUGUAGAGCGAAGGAAACGGCGGAAUCCUCGGCCCUGCGAUUUUUUUCCAAGUCAGAACCACAAGGAAAACGUUUGUGUUAUUUAGGCAUCAACUACCUUGCUAGCUCUAAAACUGAAGAAGGAGUUCAGUAUUUACGAGAGGCUCUUCAGUUGAUGUAUGGGAGCCCAGAUUUGGCAGUACUUAGGCUUGUUGCUCUCCAAAUUCUUGGUCAUUUUUCCCAAAUUCAGAACCAUAUGCUCGACUUGAAACAGUUACUGUAUAAUACAAAAAAGGAGUGCAAGGCAGUAGGAGACACGGAUCUACUUUUGAUAUCCUCAUGGAAAAGCAAAGAGAGAAAAACUGAAGUAGUCGAAAACCAGACAGACUCUAGCAUUAUUUCUAACCAUCCUCUAAGAUGGCAAGUGCUUGACCUGGUAAGCAAGGCAACGAAGAACUUCGUGGAUACUGAUACUAAGCAACAUUUUCAAAAUAUUUCGCAUAAAAUGCUGAAAGAGAUCGAAAUAGAGCAGCACGUUUCAAGCGGUCUCUUUCGUUUUCAUCGAAAUGUUAUAACCUUAUUUAAGACAAGUGGAGACACUAAAAUGCUCCUUAAAACAAGAAUCAAUUACCAUCAAACAGCUCUCAGUCUAUGCAACGAAAAUUCGUCAGCUUACCACUUGCACGGUGAAGCUCUUGCAGCGUGUUACAUCGAUCUUGGAACCAUUCUCUCCAGGAAAAAUAAUUAUUCUGAAGCCAUUAGAGCCCAAAAGCAAGCACUGGGCUUGACAAUCCCUCUUGAGGGAGAAGAACACGCAAGCACCGCUGUUAGUUAUGAUGAGCUUGGCGUCAUUCACCAUUCACCUAAAGACUUAAAGGCAGCACUAGAUUCUUACAAGCACGCACUUGAGAUCCGUCUUAAACUGUUCGGAGAACAACACGCAAGCACCGCUUAUAGUUAUCAUAAUGUUGGCGUCACUCACGAUUCCCUUGGAGACUUCAAAGCAGCACUAGAUUCUCUACAGCACGCACUUGAGAUCCGUCUUAAACUGUUCGGAGAAGAACACGCAAGCACCGCUGAUAGUUAUCAUAUUCUUGGCGAAACUCACCAUUCACUUGGAGACUUCAAAGCAGCACUAGAUUCUCUACAGCACGCACUUGAGAUCCGUCUUAAACUGUUCGGAGAAGAACACGCAAGCACCGCUGAUAGUUAUCAUAUUCUUGGCGAAACUCACCAUUCACUUGGAGACUUCAAAGCAGCACUAGAUUCUCUACAGCACGCACUUGAGAUCCGUCUUAAACUGUUCGGAGAAGAACACGCAAGCACCGCUGAUAGUUAUCGUGAUCUUGGCGUCACUCACCAUUCACUUGGAGACUUCAAAGAAGCACUAGAUUGUGACCAGCACGCACUUGAGAUCCGUCUUAAACUGUUCGGAGAAGAACACGCAAGCACCGCUGAUAGUUAUCAUAGUCUUGGCGAAACUCACCAUUCACUUGGAGACUUCAAAGCAGCACUAGAUUGUGACCAGCACGCACUUGAGAUCCGUCUUAAACUGUUCGGAGAAGAACACGAAAGCACCGCUGAUAGUUAUCAUAGUCUUGGCGUCAAUCACCAUUCACUUGGAGACUUCAACGCAGCAUUAGAUUGUAACCAGCACGCACUUGAGAUCCGUCUAAAACUAUUCGCAGAAGAACACGCAAGCACCGCUGAUAGUUAUCGUGAUCUUGGCGAAACUCACCAUUCACUUGGAGACUUCAAUGCAGCACUAGAUUGUGACCAGCACGCACUUGAGAUCCGUCUUAAACUGUUCGGAGAAGAACACGCAAGCACCACUAAUAGUUAUUAUAGUCUUGGCGUCAUUCACCAUUCACUUGGAGACUUCAAAGCAGCACUAGAUUCUCUACAGCACGCACUUGAGAUCCGUCUUAAACUGUUCGGAGAAGAACACGCAAGCACCGCUGAUAGUUAUCAUGAGCUUGGCGUCACUCACCAUUCACUUGGAGACUUCAAAGCAGCACUAGAUUCUCUACAGCACGCACUUGAGAUCCGUCUUAAACUGUUCGGAGAAGAACACGCAAGCACCGCUGAUAGUUAUUAUGAGCUUGGCGUCACUCACCAUUCACUUGGAGACUUCAAAGCAGCACUAGAUUCUAAGAAGCACGCACUUGAGAUCCGUCUUAAACUGUUCGGAGAAGAACACGCAAGCACCGCUGAUAGUUAUUAUAGUCUUGGCGUCACUCACCAUUCACUUGGAGACUUCAAAGCAGCACUAGAUUCUAAAAAGCACGCACUUGAGAUCCGUCUUAAACUGUUCGGAGAAGAACACGCAAGCACCGCUGAUAGUUAUGAUGAGCUUGGCGUCACUCACCAUUCACUUGGAGACUUCAAAGCAGCACUAGAUUCUUACAAGCACGCACUUGAGAUCCGUCUUAAACUGUUCGGAGAAGAACACGCAAGCACCGCUGAUAGUUAUCAUAAUCUUGGCGUCACUCACCAUUCACUUGGAGACUUCAAAGCAGCACUAGAUUGUGACCAGCACGCACUUGAGAUCCGUCUUAAACUGUUCGGAGAAGAACACGCAAGCACCGCUGAUAGUUAUCAUGAUCUUGGCGUCACUCACCAUUCACUUGGAGACUUCAAAGAAGCAUUAGAUUGUGACCAGCACGCACUUGAGAUCCGUCUUAAACUGUUCGGAGAAGAACACGCAAGCACCGCUGAUAGUUAUCGUGAUCUUGGCGUCACUCACCAUUCACUUGGAGACUUCAAAGAAGCAUUAGAUUGUGACCAGCACGCACUUGAGAUCCGUCUUAAACUGUUCGGAGAAGAACACGCAAGCACCGCUGAUAGUUAUUAUACUCUUGGCGUCACUCACCAUUCACUUCGAGACUCCAAAGCAGCACUAGAUUCUUACAAGCACGCACUUGAGAUCCGUCUUAAACUGUUUGGAGAAGAACACGCAAGUACCGCUGAUAGUUAUCAUAAUCUUGGCGUCACUCACCAUUCACUUGGAGACUUCAAAGCAGCAGUAGAUUGUGACAAGCACGCACUUGAGAUCCGUCUUAAACUGUUCGGAGAAGAACACGCAAGCACCGCUGAUAGUUAUCGUGAUCUUUCAUGAUGGGACUUCAAAGCAGCACGUCACGCACCAGCACGCACUUGAGAUCCGUCUUAAACUGUUCACCUCGGAGACUCACCACUUCGAGGAGAAGAAAGCAGCACUAGAUUCUUACAAGCACGCACUUGAGAUCCGUCUUAAACUGUUCGGAGAAGAACACGCAAGCACCGCUUAUAGUUAUCAUAAUGUUGGCGUCACUCACCAUUCACUUGGAGACUUCAAAGCAGCACUAGAUUCUAAGAAGCACGCACUUGAGAUCCGUCUUAAACUGUUCGGAGAAGAACACGCAAGCACCGGUAAUAGUUAUGAGUCCCUUUUCUUUACUCAACUUUGUCUUGGUGAUUUGGAUGGAGCAUUAGAGUCAGCAAAACAUACACGUCACGCCCAGAUUGAAGUGGGAGAAAAGUAG